UAGUCCUGGUAAUGAAAAUUGAAUAGGAGUCUUCUCGUGGAAAAGGAAGGCUUAAAAGUUGAUUAUUGGCGAAUGUCACAUAUCAGUGUCAGAGAGAACUCAUAAUUGCAUUAUUUUGUUCACCGACAUUUGGCUGGACUGCCUCACGUAUAGAAAAGAUUCCACUGUAUCAUUUAACACCUUUAACCAAGAUGGGGAAACAGAACAGUAAACUGAGACCGGAAGUACUGGCAGAUCUAAACCUGAACACGAGCUUCAGCAAAGAAGAAAUUCAGGAGUGGUAUAAAGGCUUCAUUAAUGACUGUCCCGGCGGAAGUUUGAGCAUAAACGAAUUUAAAAACAUAUACUCUGAAUUAUUUCCUCUUGGAGACGCCUCUAAGUUUGCAGAACACGUGUUUAGAGCAUUUGAUGAGAAUGGAGAUGGAACACUAGAUUUUCGGGAGUUUAUGUGUGCGUUAAACGUAUCCUCCCGAGGAACCCUAGAGCAGAAGAUACACUUUGCAUUCCGGAUAUACGAUCUUGAUGGCGAUGGUUAUAUUUCAAAAGAUGAAAUGUGUGAAAUCAUCAAAGCAAUAUACAAAAUGGUUGGACCAGCAAUGAAAGAAGACGAACAGGAACAAACGCCAGAGGAGAGAACGGAAGUACUGUUUCGGAAGAUGGAUAAAAACAUGGACCAGCUUCUGUCACUUCCGGAAUUCAUAGAGGGUGUCAAAGGGGAUUCUACAAUUGUAAAAUUCCUACAGUGUGAUAUUUAAACCUACAAAAUUACUAUUUAGUUUUUUUUCAUCUAUCAUGCAUUAACUUCCUGUUGCUUGGUUAAACAUUAUUUUGCACACUAUGUGAUGUGUAAUUGCAUGUAUCUUUUAAUCACUCGGAAAAAUUGUAUUACAAAAUCAAGGAGAUAUGUCCAAUAAAAUUAAAAAUGCCUUCUCUUCUUCAUUUUACAGAUCCUGUACUAUUAAUAUAUAUGUUUAUUUACAUAAUUUAGUCAGAAGAAGGAAAGAAAAAAAUUUAUAAAUCAUACAUAUGUAUAACGAUUCGAUUAUUCCCUUUAUGAAGACUGAGUAAAUUAUUUUAUUUC